UCUCCAAACCUCCCGCUGUCAGGUUGAGGAAGGAGCAGACUCACACAUCCACGGACAAAGAAGAGCUCUGAUCGCCGACCUCACCUCAGCACAGUGCUGGGAUCACUGGACCAUCACACAGGCCGGCAGCGAGACACAGAGAUCGGAAAUGGGAGGAAACAGUUCCAGUCAACAGGUGGCUCAGUCUGAGACCCCCACAUUCUUCACACAGGAAGAGCUCAGCAAACUGAAGUCCGACUUUGAAACGGGUGGUGUGGAAAAGGUUCAACCUUUGAUACAGAAUAAGAUCAAAGAACUGGACAAGACCGAGCUGAACAUCGCCGUGACGGGAGAGACGGGUGCAGGAAAAUCCACCCUCAUCAACGCCAUGAGAGGGCUUCGUAGCACAGAUGAGGGAGCGGCUGAGGUUGGUACCACGGAAACUACAAUGGAGCCAACCGGAUACCCACAUCCCAAUCUGCCCAAUGUCCGCUACUGGGACCUGCCGGGGACCGGAUCCCCACAAUUCACCGCGGGUUCCUACCUGAGGAAAAUGCAAUUUAAAAAAUACGAUUUCUUCAUCAUAGUGGCAGCUACUCGAUUCAAAGAGAAUGAUGCAAAACUUGCCAAGGAGAUUAAGCGGCUGGGGAAGAAGUUCUACUUUGUCCGCUCUAAGAUUGACGCUGACCUUUAUGCUGUGCGGAAGGAACGGAAGACAUUUGAUGAAAACGAGGAAUUGGAAAAGAUCCGGAGUGACUGUGUCAGUACGUUGGGGAAGGUCGGGAUCCCUGAUCCCAUCGUGUUCCUGAUAUCCAGUUUUAAACAGGAUCAGUAUGAUUUUGUUCAGUUAAUUGAAGCACUGGAAGGUGAUUUACCAAACAUAAAGAAAAGGAUCUUUGUCUUGGCCCUUCCCAACCUCAGCGUGGAGAUUGUUCAGAAGAAAAGUGAGUUGCUGAAGAAGGGGAUCUGGGCAUUGGCGACCAUCUCGGGAUUAGUGGGGGCCAUCCCAGUCCCUGGAGUCUCUCUCGCUUGUGACAUUGGGAUAUUGAUUGGAGCAAUCAUCCAGUUCCGGAAAUGCCUGGGUCUUGAUGAUGCUUCUCUUCAGCGACUGGCCAACAGGACAGGUAAAUCCAUGGAAGAGCUGAAAGCCGCAGCAAAAAGUCCCCUGCUGGGAGAAAUAACUCCAGAUGUCAUUAUGAGGAUAGGUUGGGGAGUCGCGGUUGUUACCGUGUCAGCCCUGGAACUAGCUCUCGACAUUGUCCCAGUCAUUGGCUCCAUUUUUGGAGCAGGUUCAUCAUUCCUCAUGACCUUCAAGAUCCUGAGAGAUGCGCUGAAGGAUCUGACAGAGAGCGCGGAGAGGGUGGUGAGGGUAGCGUUUGAAACUUGAACAUAGAAGGGGACAGCACAGGAACGGACCCUUUGAAUAAUGCCAACAUUACGCCAAGUUCAACUGAUCUCAUUUGCCAGUACAUGAUCCAUAUCCCUCUACUGUCUGCACCUCCAGGUGCCUAUCCAAAGGCCCUUUAAAUGCCACCAUCAAACAUGAUUUACGUCUUUCAAUUAAUCGAGUUCCUUUUAUGUUGUGUCAUAGACACAUAGAAAAUAGGUGUGGGAGU